AUGUCAGAAGUCCUUAAUCAUUUGAGCACCUUCUUUGUUCGUGCAACUUUUCAUGAAGCAGCUCUGAAACUAGGAUUCCUAGAAGAUGAUGAUGUAGCAAAUUCAGCUUUAGCUGAAGCAUCCGAGGACUUCGCUAAAAAAUAUCCAGAGAAUUCACAAAAAGUGCAGCAGCUAACUGUUAGAGGAGUUGAGCAACAUCUUGAAGCCAUGGGAAAAUCUCUGUCUGCAUUUGGCUUGGACCAUCUAUAUAGUGAAACUGAUGAUGAGUUUAGAAGAAAAAAGGAUAUUAUAGAUGCUCUUGAUGCUCCUAUUCCUGAAGAGUGUCUUAAUUGUCGACCAAGAUUAAAUGCUGCAUUUACAUGUAUAAUGCAGCAUAUUUUGGAAGGAAAAUCAGGUGCUUUCUUUAUCGAUGGCCCCGGAGGACCAGGCAAAACAUUUUUGUAUAAUACCUUAUACGCAGAAGUUCGGCUCAUGAACAAAAUUGUUUUACCUACAGCUGCAUCGGGAUUUGCUGCGGCAAAUAUUCCAUCUGGUCGAACAGCUCACUCAAGGUUUAAAAUCCCAAUUGACAACGAAGGUUCUUUAGCAUGUGAUGUUCCCAAACAAAGUAGCCUUGCAGCACUUACAAGAAAGGCAACAUUAAUAAUAUGGGAUGAAGCGUCAAUGGCAAAAAAACAAAAUCUUGAAUCUUUGGACUUAUUGUUGCAAGAUGUAUGUGAGAAUAAGACCAUGUUUGGUGGGAAAAUAGUAGUGUUUGGUGGUGAUUUCAGGCAGUUAUUGCCUUUUGUUCCUCAGAAAACAAUGAAAGAAGCUGUUGAAACAAGCAUUGUUACAUCGUAUCUUUGGCAAGACUUCAUAAAAUUUAAAUUGACAGUAAACAUCAGAGCUCAGGAAGAUCAAACAUGUUCUGCAUUCUUGCUUGCUUUAGGUAAUGGUGAAUUACAGACAGCUGAAAGUGGUUACAUUCAGUUACCUAGACAAGUCGCACAUUUCAUUGAAAGUGACACAGAUUUGAUAAAUGAUCUUACACAAACAACGUUCCCUGAAAUUAAUCAAGGCAGCUUUGGCUCUGAUGUAUUUACAAAGGGGGCUAUUCUGACUCCAUUGAAUGAUGAAGUAGAUGUAAUCAAUGCAUAUAUGAUUGAGAAGUUUCCAGGGGAGAGCAUCAUCUACAAAAGCUUUGAUAUCAUGUUAAACGAUACAUGUAAUGUAUAUCCAACAGAGUUCAUAAAUAAGCUAUGCCCUGGAGGAAUGAGCCCUCAUGAGCUGGUGCUUAAACCAGACUGUCCAGUUAUACUGCUAAGAAAUUUGCUUCCUUCAUCUGCACCUCCUACUUUCACAGGAGAGAAUUAUGAUUAUUGGUGUAUAAAAAUGAGGCUUUUUCUAAAAGCAAGUGCUUUGUGGGAGAUAGUGGAAAUUGGUUUUGUACGAAAACAAGGAGUGUCGUACACAGAAGCACAAUUAAAGAAGAUAAGUGAUGAUGAGAUGAAGGAUGCUAGAGCCUUAUCUCAUAUCAUCAAUUGUGUUUCUGACACAAUCUUCCCCAAGAUCAUGAGAGCCUCAUCAACAAAAGAAGCUUGGAGUCUUCUUGAGGAGGAGUUUCAUGGCGAUGAAAAAAUCAGAAAUACUCGACUCAAUACUUUGAGGAGUCAAUAUGAUAAUAUGAAGAUGAAGGAGAAUGAGGAAUAUAAAAGGUUACACUUCUAG